ACCUGUCAGCCAAUCAGAGCUUGCGAUUUCUCCCCUCUCUAUGAGAACGCAUGUCUGCCCUCUUCUUUUCUCGAUUUCUGUGGACUUGCCGAAUGUGACGUGCACUUGCGUGCACUGAAGGCGGGAUUGGUUAAAAUUCAAAAACCGGCCAAUGAUAAAGAACACUCUGAUUUUUCGUGUCUCUCAUGACUUUUUAAGACAUCAGCGAUGUUCUUUGAACUCCUUUUGAUGAAUUUAUUGGCAUCGAAUGUUGCUGGAAAACCGAAUGUCCUCUUGAUAGUUGUCGACGACUUGAGGACCACCAUAGGCUGCUAUGGAGACAGUAAUGCAUAUACGCCGAACAUAGAUUCUCUGGCAGAGGAAAGUGUGCUUUUCACUCAAGCAUUUGCACAGCAAUCUUUAUGCGCUCCAAGUAGGAAUUCAUUUUUGACGAGUCGCAGGCCAGAUACUUUACAACUUUAUGACUUCUAUAGCUACUGGCGUGAUUCGGUUGGAAAUUUUACAACCCUACCGCAGCACUUGAAAGAUCACGGUUUUACAACCAUGUCCGUAGGAAAGGUAUUUCAUCCUGGAAUUAGCUCGAACAAUUCCGACGAUAGUCCAUAUUCAUGGACUGAAAAACCGUUUCAUCCGUACACGGAUCGCUACAAAGAUGCCACUGUCUGUACCUCUACGUCGAGCUCUCUUCCUGCUCAGAAUAUUGUUUGUCCCGUCUGUGUACCUUUUAUGCCAAAUGGAACACUCCCAGACAUCGAAUCGUUGAAUGCAGCGAGGUCAUUCAUACAUAAACACAAAAAUGAUCCAAAACCUUUUUUUCUGGCUGUUGGGUUUCAAAAGCCACAUAUUCCUCUUAAAUAUCCAAAAGAGUAUUUAAAAUAUCAUCCUUUAGACAAGUUUGCAGUGCCAGAUAUAUAUAUGUGGCCAAACAAUGUUAGCAGUGUUGCGUAUAAUCCUUGGACCGAUCUCCGCAAGCGCGAAGAUGUGAAAGCACUUCUUCUUAAAUUUCCAUGGGAAAAAAUACCAGUGAAAUUUGCUACAACCAUCAUUCAAUCUUAUUAUGCCGCCGUGACUUACAUCGAUGACAUGAUUGGGUUACUCUUGGCUCAAUUGUGUAUUUCAAAAAUUAGAAACGAAACUAUAGUGAUUCUCACUUCAGACCAUGGCUGGUCAUUAGGAGAGCAUGCCGAAUGGGCGAAAUAUAGUGACUUCGACGUUGCACUGCGUAUCCCCUUGAUAAUUUCGGUUCCUGGUUUGACAUACAACAUACGAAAUAACUGCAAAACUACGAAAGAAAAUUCUACAGUGGAUCGAACAACUGAACACAAUCAUGAUAUUCAUCGUGAUAAAAAUAUAUCCAGUGAUACCAGAAUACUUUUGGAAGAGUUCGAAAAGAUAAAGAAAUUAUUGAUGAAGGAAAACGAGACUACUGGUCAAUUUCUGAAUGCAGUGGAUAGAGAAAAAAAUUCUACCAUUAAUAAUAAGGAAAGUACUGCAGCGAACGUGGUAGUUUUAAAUAAAAAACCAACAACUGAUUCUGAAGCGACAAAACAAUCUGAUACAUCAGACAUCAAUAACUUAAAAAAUUUGACAACUUCUAGCGCAGGACCUAGUACUCAAAUUAGUAAUAGUUCAGAACUCUUAACGGAAGCCUAUAAAAAUACUGAACACUCUCUGAACAGCCAAGUGGAACUUACCACGGAAGCAAUCAAUAGUUCUGAAAAUACUUUCAACACACAUACUGAAUUAAUAACUCCUACACCACAUCUUACAUCGUUGGUAAAUAAUACAACACUCCCACGUAAUGAAAACCAGACGACUGAAAGUAUUGAAUCAUUACUCAAAGAAAUAGAAGACCUGAUGAAGAAGGAGAACGACCAAUCAAGUCAGAACACUGAGAAUUCUCACGAUGACAAUAAAAAUGUGACGAGCUUUGUCACUGCAGAAAAUGCAAACAUCAGUAAGUCGAAGGAGAUUCCAUACUGGUCCAGAAAAGCUGAAGAAUGGUCGGAUAAAAUAGAGUUACUGGUUAAAAAAUUCGAAAACAUGCUGCGUGGUAUUGAGACUAACAAUGAGUCUACGUUAACUCCAUCGAUAGAGGUUGCAACUACUACAGUCUCGGCAGAGAAAGAAGUGAGGCCAAGUCCAAGUGUUCCGAUAAACAAAAACAGUACUACUAACGUUCUGCAACAUGUGCAAGAAGCUGUAUCCAAAGCCUCAACAUCGUUUCCUAAAGGUUCUAUACCAGUAGCACGUAACAAAACAAACAAUGUAAGGUCUCAAAAAAUUUCUUUGCAAAAUGCUGCUCUUGAAAAAAUUACAGACAGUGUGGAAAAACCUAGUUUUGACAGAAUGAUUAUAGAAAAUACGAUAAAACCUCAAGUUAAUGAAAUUAAUGUGGAUAAACUGAUGAAACACUUCUCCAGAGUGAAAGCGAUCUUAGAAAAAUCAAAUAGCGUAUCAAAUGAAAGCUCUGCGUCGAGUUUUCAAAUUGCUGGCAAAAAGCAAAGCAUGCCUGAGGUUGGAAAUUUUUAUACAAAUGUUAGAAAAAUUAGGAAUAAUUGGUUAUUAAAUGGACUGAGGAAUAAUUCCAAAACUAACUCAUCUAAAGUACAUGAUCGAGGAAUUUUGACUACAUCUAGUGCAGAUGAUCAAGAGAAAAAAUGGAAGAUGAAAAAAAAUUGGGAUGAAAGGAUUAAAGCUCUUCGUAAAAAGAUUGAUUAUGCUGAAACCAUUUUGGAAAAUCUUAACGGUAGAAAUAGACUAGAAGUUUCGGAGAGACAUUUAGGAAAAGGCGAUACAAAAGCGAAAAACUUAUGGAAUAUGCCAGAUACAAAACCAAAUCGUAAUUAUAAUGACUAUAACAUAAUUUCACACCCGCAUAGGAAGACUAAUAACGGAGAGAUGAAACUUAAGUGGAUAAUCAAGAUGAGAGCUUUUCAACAAAAGAUGAAAUCUACCGAGAGUGCUGUUCCAAGCUCGGAAACGGAAAAACUAGAUUCACAUAAUUACAAUGGAACUCACUUUGAUUAUUUUGAAACUGUUCCGAAUCAUACGAAGGACUCUCACAUUGCACAUCGUCAUGAUUACGCUUUUAUAAUGCCGGAAGACACAAAAAACACUAUAAUCACUGAUAAGGUUUUUUCACAGCAUCCUAAAUUUUCUGAACGGAAAAAUAAUCCCGAUUUGCGCGUCGAGAAUUUUUUAAAACACUUUCAAGAGAUAUUUAAUGUUAGCAUCAAAGAUAAUGGAAUUACAACAAAUUCAGUUUCGAGGUCCAGAAGUAAAAAGAGUAUAUCUUCAGAACCAACAGAUAGCGAGCUUCAAGACAAUCAUAAAAGCGAAUUGAGCAAAUUGAGACAUAAGGAAGAGAACAAUGAGUCAUAUCGUAGAAGGUAUCGACACAAACAUCGUCUGAAGAAUUAUUCGAUGAGUACACUGGAUGGGAUUUAUGAAGCUUUAAGGAGAGACCAUGAACAGCUUCGAAGAAAUCAUGAGAAGCUCCUGGAGGACCACGAUAAGCUUAACAAAGUAUUAAAAGGGAUAUACAGAGGCCAUAAUGAUGUGGAUAUCCUAGAGGACCGAAUCAAUGGCAACGAUGAGAGAGAAACUCCGAAGAGAAGUCAUGGACUCGAUGGAGUUAUUCGACACGAAGCAAACAUUGAAAAUCCACAACACCACAAAGCAAAAGUCGACUUUGAACUUAAAUUUUUAAGAGACUUAAGAAAACGUAAUCGAGCUCGACAUCGGAGUCGUGCAGGGACGAAUUUCGCAAAAACGAGAGUUGUCGAGAAAAAGAGUAAUUUAGGCAAGAAAGAACUCGAUUGCGAGAAUAAUCCAGAAAUUAUUAAUCCAUUUUCCUCGAUUACCAACCAAAGAAUUUAUCCAACAGGUGACAGAAACGCAAUUGAAGUAAAAAAGACCUCGCACUCUCUUCAGCGUCGUCAUCAACCGAUAACGCGCAAUAAGAUUUACAAGACCGUUGACGAAAUGGUGGAGUUAGUAGAUCUGUUUCCAACUAUCGCCGAAUUAGUUGGCUUUCCAAUUCCGAUUUGUCCCGACAUCGAGGAUCGGUACGUGGAGUCUGCUCAAGCUCCAGCACUGCCAAAUCCUUGCAGCGAAGGAAUCACGUUGAUACCCCUUAUAAAUGCUGCGAUGACUUCAAAGAGGAUACCAUGGAAGAAGGCAGCUUUUAGUCAGUACCCCCGUCCUGGCAUGGAACCUACGCUGCACCCAAACAGCGAUAAGCCAAGACUGAAUGAAAUCAAUAUUAUGGGAUACACCCUGAGGACUAAGAAAUACCGGUACACUGCUUGGGUUUCUUUUGCACAUGAGUCCAAAAAACCUGAUUGGAGAAAGAUAGUUGCAGAGGAAUUGUACGACCACGAUCUGGACCCUGGAGAGAAUGUGAACGUGGCAGGUACUGCCUCGUUCCAAGAGGUCGAGGAGAAACUGAGGAUGCUCCUUAGAAGGGGAUGGAGACAAGCUUUGCCUGAACAAUUUAAAAGCGAAGGCCAAAAGAUAGAACAAGGGUUGGAACAUUCGAAGGGUUGAAUAACCCUUGAUCAAUUCAGUCGUCGAUGCAAGUUUCAUACGUAUGUUGCUUUCUACGAAUUUGAGAUAAACAGAAAUGUUACAUUGGCUCGGUGUGCCAAAAGCUAACGAGAAAUAGCCCGAGGAGUAACUUGUUAACAAGAAGGUAACAAGGCAACUAAAUGCAAU